CCGGGCGCGAGCAGGAGGAGGAGCUGCGGCGGCCACGGCUACUCCCGGCAAGUCCGCGGCGCCGCGGGAACCCGCCGACGGCGCGGGCUGCUGGUACCCCGCGUGGAGGAGGCGCGGGCGGCCCUGGGGCCAUGGAGCCUGGUGACGCGGCGCGUCCCGGCCCUGGGCGGGCUGUCCGGGCGCUGCCGCCACGGCUGCUGCUGCUACUACUGUUGCCGCUGCUACUGGGUCGGGGGCUGCGUGCGGGGGCCGCGGCCUCCUCUUCUGGGGCGGCGGCUGAGGACAGCAGCGCCAUGGAGGAGCUAGCCACUGAAAGAUGCAGAGGAGAGCACCGGCAAGACAGCGUGAGCCUGCUCACCUUCAUCUUGCUGCUCACCCUCACCAUCCUCACCAUCUGGCUCUUCAAGCACCGCCGGCGCUUCCUGCACGAGACCGGACUGGCCAUGAUUUAUGGACUCAUCGUCGGGGUGAUCCUGAGAUAUGGCACCCCUGCCACCAGUGGCCGUGACAAGUCACUCAGCUGCACUCAGGAAGACAGGGCUUUCAGCACCUUAGUGAAUGUCAGUGGGAAGUUCUUUGAAUACACUCUGAAAGGAGAAAUCAGCCCUGGCAAGAUCAACAGUGUAGAGCAGAAUGACAUGCUGCGGAAGGUAACAUUUGAUCCAGAGGUGUUUUUCAACAUUCUGCUGCCUCCAAUUAUUUUUCAUGCUGGGUACAGUUUAAAGAAGAGACACUUUUUCAGAAAUCUUGGAUCUAUUCUGGCCUAUGCCUUUGGAACUGCUGUUUCUUGCUUCAUUAUUGGAAAUCUCAUGUAUGGUGUGGUGAAGCUCAUGAAGAUUGUGGGACAGCUCUCUGAUAAAUUUUACUACACAGAUUGUCUGUUUUUUGGAGCAAUUAUCUCUGCCACUGACCCAGUGACUGUGCUGGCGAUAUUUGAAUUGCACGCAGAUGUGGAUCUUUAUGCACUUCUAUUUGGAGAGAGUGUCCUAAAUGAUGCUGUUGCCAUUGUACUGUCCUCGUCUAUUGUUGCCUACCAGCCAGCAGGGCUGAACACUCAUGCCUUUGAUGCUGCUGCCUUUUUUAAGUCAGUCGGCAUUUUUCUAGGUAUAUUUAGUGGCUCUUUUACCAUGGGAGCUGUGACUGGUGUUGUGACUGCUCUAGUGACUAAGUUUACCAAGCUGCACUGCUUCCCCCUGCUGGAGACGGCGCUCUUUUUCCUGAUGUCUUGGAGCACAUUUCUCUUGGCAGAAGCCUGUGGGUUUACAGGCGUUGUAGCUGUUCUUUUCUGUGGGAUCACGCAAGCUCAUUAUACCUACAAUAAUUUAUCAGUGGAAUCAAGAAGUCGAACCAAGCAGCUGUUUGAGGUGUUACACUUCCUGGCAGAGAACUUCAUCUUCUCCUACAUGGGCCUGGCACUGUUUACCUUCCAGAAGCACGUUUUCAGCCCCAUUUUCAUCAUUGGCGCUUUUGUUGCUAUCUUCCUGGGCAGAGCUGCGCAUAUGUACCCACUCUCCUUCUUCCUGAACUUGGGUAGAAGACAUAAGAUUGGCUGGAAUUUUCAACACAUGAUGAUGUUUUCAGGCCUCAGGGGAGCCAUGGCCUUUGCAUUGGCCAUCCGUGACACAGCAUCCUAUGCUCGCCAGAUGAUGUUCACGACCACCCUCCUCAUUGUCUUCUUCACCGUCUGGAUCAUUGGUGGAGGCACGACCCCCAUGUUGUCAUGGCUUAAUAUAAGAGUUGGUGUGGAGGAGCCCUCCGAAGAGGACCAGAACGAACGCCGCUGGCAAUACUUCAGAGUUGGUGUUGACCCAGAUCAAGACCCACCACCCAACAAUGACAGCUUUCAAGUCUUACAAGGGGAUGGCCCAGAUUCUGCUGGAGGAAACCGUACAAAGCAGGAGAGUGCGUGGAUAUUCAGGCUGUGGUACAGCUUUGACCACAAUUACUUGAAACCCAUCCUCACGCACAGCGGCCCCCCGCUAACCACCACUCUUCCCGCCUGGUGUGGUUUGCUAGCUCGAUGUCUGACUAGUCCCCAGGUGUACGACAACCAAGAGCCACUGAGAGAAGAAGACUCUGAUUUCAUCCUGACCGAGGGUGACCUCACCUUGACCUAUGGAGAUAGCACAGUGACUGCCAAUGGCUCUUCAGGCUCCCACACAGCCUCCACGAGUCUUGAGGGCGGUCGGAGAACAAAGAGCAGUUCUGAGGAAGUGCUGGAGCGAGACCUUGGAAUGGGAGACCAGAAGGUUUCGAGCCGGGGUACCCCUCUUGUGUUUCCUCUGCAGGAAAAUGCAUGACUGUCCCCCGAAACCCUGAAAUGAUGGGGUAGGCCCCUGGAGUUGAGGAUGGCUACAUGCCCCAGUGUGGUUUGAGGUGGGGCAUUGACUGGAUUGAACUAAUGCUUCUAUUUUGUUGGGGUUUGAAGCUAUCUUAACACUUAAAAUUUAACCCAAGAUUCAGAUGGUGAAGCUAAAGUGUCUCUAAAUUAAGAUGAAAGCAGACCUAUUCCCCCACUUUUUCCGCAUAGUAGUGCGCUGUCUCAGAGUUAAGCAAACACAAAAAUAGCAUGCUUUAAUGGUCUCUUAAUUCAUCCACCUGCACUCUUUGAAUAAGGCAGGGCAAGUUGGGGAUUCUGCCCAUGAGAGCUUCAUCUCAGCACAUAGCAGUGCCAGUCUAGCUGACUUGAGGAAUAUCAAGUCAGGGGAGAACAGGCUAGAAGAAAGACCAUGAAGGAAGGCAGUCGAUAUUGACCCACCAAGAAUUCUGGGAUGCUGGUCUUAAAUGGUACAGAAAAAGCUAUGUGAGUGAAGGCUCUGGCACUGAAGGCUAUAGGACUGCAUUCUCUUAUCAGGAUCCCUGACUUUAUGCAACCUGUGUUUCUUCUAGACUGAAGAUUAGAAAUUAUAUCCAUGAACAUUUCAAUGUGGGGAAAAGAAUUAUAGUUCUUUCUCUGGAAAUCUUCAUAAAGAAGUUACUGGAGUGUUUAAAACCAAAGGCAAAUCAUGUCAUUGUGUUGUUUUUAAAAUAAUCUGAGGACAGAAGGUGUUUAGAAACUGAUGAUAUCACUGCAGUAAUCAUUUAACUUUUGGGGGCUACCAGAUGAGCCCGCUACCUGGAAAAUGAUCAGUAGGACUGAGGUAUGUACCAUGGGGUUAGAGAUAACACCAAAAUUUGUAGAAUGCAAGAGAAGGCAGCAAGAACCCAAACAAGCAAUAGGCUAGUGUUCAGAGAGAAAUCUCAAUGUGAAAAAAAAAAACUGAAAGAAAACAUAAGAAAGGCAUCUCAAUACUAGGUAAAAUUCCAAACUUUGAGCUGAUGUAUGCAUGCUAUUUUAGUGGCCACAUGAGAAAUCAGAGUUUAGGCAAUGGAAUGUUAAGCAUUAUUCAACCCAGUAGAAAGUUUCGUCUUACAUAAGAUUAGAAAUCAGGAGUCUUUACAGCAAAUGUCACUUUCUUGGUAUCUGAAGAGAGUAUUGCACCUGCUUGAUUUGUGGAUGUGGUUUGAAAUUUAGGUUUUUAGUUCGUGUUCUUUCUGGGUGAACUAUUCUGCCUUAUCAUACCUGUGGUAGGUGAAAUACUGAGAGAACUCUUGGGAAAAGUUUGUUUCUCUCCUUGUCUCUGUGCUUUAGUGCUAGCAUUGUUGGCAACCCAAUUUCUAAAAAAAAAAAAAAAAAGUUUUCAAAAUGUGAACAUUUUUCUUCCUAUGGCAGAAAAAUUAGUGUCUCAGUCCCAUACCCCCAUAAUGAAUCAGUCAUUUAACCUUCUUAAACCACACUUUUCAUGGUUAAUUUUUCCCCUUAGAGACAUGAUCUUUUUCUGUUGCCCAGGCUGGCCUCGAACUCCUGGGCCCAAGUGAUCCUCCCCUUAGCCUCCCAAGUAGUUAGGACUACAGGCACAGGCCACCAUGCCCUGCUGAUGGUUAUUUUAUAAAUAGGUCAUAACUUCACAACUUUGAGGGUUUGAGUUGAUAGUUUGUUUAAGUAAAGAAAGAUUUGAUGAGGUUGAGCCAUAUGAGAUUGCUGAUUUUCAACUAUUUUUCAAAAUCCAAAAUAGCAGUUUCAUAUAGAUUAGUAUAAGAUAAUUGAAUGCAUUUUAUUCACCUUGCUCCUUUCUCUCCACAGUAAAGUCCAUUUUGAUUUUAUGGUCAUGUGCGGACUUUGUAAGUCUGUUAAAAGCCAAACAAUGUACCGAACCCCAUGAGACCUCAGGGUCACUAGGCUAGGAAAGGACUUCAGAAGACCUGCACCCCACAGCCACAGAAUGAGCUUUUUUAGUUUUUAACCUCUGGAAGGGAGGCUGUGGAGUCAGGUUGCAGACAAUAGCUGCCAGGCCUGGCAGAAGGUUGGAGAUGCAGCCUUGUGAUUGGACCCAGAACUAGCAAGGAGUGUUUAUUUUAUAGUUAUAGCUGUAAUGACCAGUACGCCAUAUAAACUUAGGUGAGACUGCUUUCUUUGACUUUUUUUUUCUUCGAGAUGGGGUCUCGCUAAAUUGCUCAGGCGAGCCCUGAGCUUGUGAUCCUCCUGCCUCAGCUUCUGAGUAGCUGAGAUUACAGGUGCCCAGCUUUUUUUUGUUUUGUUUUGUUUUGUUUUUUGUUUUUAUUUUUGAAAAGUGUGAGGGAUAGGUCUGUUCACUCUUUGGUUGGGUCUGUAUAAAGCCUUGCUCAUCCCUUAUGCUGGAGGGAAAAAGCUUAGAGAAAAGCCCUGGUGAUGGUUCUUGAAAAAAGCCAACCAGGUAGGAUACACCCCUGUCUUCAUUCACCUCAAAGCUUUGUUAUUCUUUUGGGUUUCUAGGAAACUUUCAGCAGAUUGUAAGAAAUUACCCUCUUAGGGAAGUAAAAUAUCCAUUGUGUUUCCCAGCCUAGUCUUAGGUCAGUUGGUAGAGUGUUGUUUUCCCCCAAAUGGUCUUAUAGUCUUCAUUGAAAACCUUUUGUUCCAGCUUUAUUAAAUAUAAGUAAAUGCAGAUUUUCCAAGACCAAAACUAGGGUUAUAAUUAUUAAAUUGAGUCUUUUAUUCAGCAGAUCAAAGUAAGUCACUUUGACCUAUGGUCCUAAGUUUUAUUUGCAAAAUGUGGAGAAUUUUGACCUUACCAAGGGUCUGGGAAGGGAAAUCCAUUUAUUGAAAUGGUUCCACAUUGAAAAGCAUUAUGACUAGGCUGCAUGGAGAGAAAGUAGAGUGCCACAAAGCCCAGAAAUCAUCCAGCCCAAGGCCAACUAUCUGCUGUUGGUUUGGCAUAAAAAACAGUCUAAAAUCGCUGAACAGUGUAUCCAGUUAAACAAAAAUCUUCUGAGAAAGUAAUCCCAAGUCAUCUUUCACACAUAUUUAUUCCAAGUUAAGCGGGAUGACAUUUCAGCCAAGUCAGAUGGUCUAAAGGAGAGGUUCUGCACUCUGGCUGCACAAUAGGAUCACCUGGCUAUUUUCUUUCUUUCUUUUUUUUUUUUUCAUUUUGAUAUAAGGGCAUUACUUUCUGAGAUUUGGAUUCAUUAGCUUUGGAUAGAACCUGGCAUCCACACUUUGUUUUGGAACUCCAGGAGUUCCUAAUGUGCAGCCAGGGUUGAGAGCCUUUUGGCUAGAGCUUUCUUUGGACCCUAUUUGGAACUUUAGUUAAAAUAGUGGCCUAGCAAGUUAAGGGUUUGUUUAUUUUUAAAAAUUAUUGGUGCAUUAUAAUGAUACAUAAUAGUGAUGUUGUGAUAUAGUCAUAUAUGCACAUAGUAUAAAUUGUUUUUUCAUUCCUCCAGUACCUCCCCUUUCCCUCCCCUGAUCCCUUCUCUACUCUACUGGUCUCACUUCUCUUUUCAUGAGAAAAGAGCUUCAUGAGCUUCCAUGUAUGAGAGAACAUAUGGGACCCUUGAUUGUUAGUCAUGAGGAAUAAACCAAGUCAAUAAUACAGCCUAGGCAGCUAUGAGAAAGUUUUAUGUUAAUCUUUGCAGAACUCAAGCACAUACUGCAUAAAGUACAACUACAAAGAUUACAUUUGUCAGCCCUCAAAGAGAUAAGGUUAACAAGUUUGUAUGUAGGGAGAAUGUAAAAUUUGUCAUCUUCCUUCCCGUUUGUGGGGAGACGGGGAGGAGGAUUUUGUCUUAACUGAGCCUCUUUCUAGUCAACAUGAAGGUUUCUGGGAAGCUGGCUUUUAAAUUUCACAUGGAAUUAAGUUAAUAGCCCCUUGUGAGGUCAAACUUUCCUUGUCUUUCUCUUCUUCCCAUGCCUGCAUUUGUGUUGUAUUCCUGAAAAUAAGGGUAGGCCUGUUGACUUCAAGAACACAGGAAGGUUGUGGUCACUUUGCUGUCACAUGAUGGACAGAAGAUAAAAAUGCCUGCCAUUCUUUUUGAUAAGAAUGGUAGUUCCCAUUCUUUGUGGGACCCUAGACUUUCCUAGAAGAAGGAAUUUUGUAAUUCAAUUAAGACUGCGUUUUUUUCCUUGGAAAUAAGCACAGGAAGGGCAUAUGGACUCUGAGCAUCCAAGGUACUCACUGGGGUGACCAGACAAAUGAAUGUUGAUGCCUUGAAGCCAAAAAUCACACUGCAACAUCAAACGUCUCAUCAAGCAAACAGCAAGGGGCUCUUUAGGCUAUAUUUUCUAGACCCAAAAAUAUCCUCCGUGAUUUGGCUGGCAAAUGAAGUCCCUUUAGGAAAAUGCAAAAUGUGAUCUCAGCUAUCCAUGAACAUUUCAGUCUGGGACAAAGAAUGAAUAGUUCCUUCCAAACCUAGAGGUCUUUUUCACAUUGCCUCCCCCAACAUGUAACUCCCUCUCCUUAUCUUCAGUAGAAGUGAAUGUAAUCAUACCUGAUAUUUAAUGUGAACCAGUGAUUUCUAACUAUAGAAACACCACCAAUGCAUUUAGGGAAGAUCAGUAGCAGGACCAUUGAGCAACUCAUCAUAGGUGAAAAUACCCACUUGGAAACCUGCCUUAUACCCACUGUGAGUUCUAAGAGUUGUAUCAGAAAGCUGACAGUAGCAUCCAUUGUAAAAUGCUACCUGGAAUGAGGGCUGCUUGUAAGUCGGCUUGCCAACCUGAUAAGUAUGUGACUUCUUAUUCUACCCCAGAAGUGGAGAACUUGACAAUAUCUUUUGGUGCCUGCCUUUUGACAUUCUUUGGAUGAGUUAGUGCUGGAAUGACUCCAUCAGAUAUAUUACACUGGUAUCAUUGAGUUCCGAUCACUUCUGUUGAUUUCUAAGUGAGAAUCUGGCUUUCUAGUGUCAGCUGCUGCAUUCUGAUAACAGUAAGUUGAAGGAAUUUAGUGUCCAAGAGUCAUAGUUUAGAAAUAACACAUCUGAAUGCCGCUUUCACUACUUUGAUACUUGGAAAGAUUUUCCCCCAUUUUAAAGCCUAAUGAGAAAAGUAUGGAGAGUAAUACAGCAGAACUCAAUGCUAGCAUCUAACUGGGAAAGGCAAGUAGAGUCUUUGACAAUCUUUUCAAACAAGACCUAGACACAAAUCAUUUUUUCCAGUUUCAGUUUUCAUAGACCUUUAAAAUAAAAUUCACAAACAUAUCUUGUCACCCAGUGCUAGCAAAAAUUGAAGAGAAAAACCAAAGUUGUUGAUCUUAGUUUUAUUUUCAUAAGUAGAGUAUACUAUAACUGGCCCAGAUGGAAUGACAGGCAGUCAGUUUUCAGCCACCUGAGCCUUGGGGAAAAUGAGAAAGAAAGUCUUUCUGCCAUGCUACCUUUUGAAAAGGUCUGAAACAGACCGAAGAGCAUGCAGCAGAGGUCACCUUCUCAUUCCGAUGGCCAUCCUUUAAAAAGGCUUAAUGAAAUUGCCAAAUGUCACAGUCAUCUCUCAACUCUUGGUAGGUGGAAAAAUUGUCUGAGUCUCUAUAUGUUGGAGGAACUCAGAAAAGGACUUGUAAACAGCACAAAGCACUCAACAUCUGCUGUCUAAAGCACUUUUAAAAAGUUACCAUCCAGGUGUUACUGGGUGAUUAACUGCAUGGACAUUAGGGGACUAACUUUUGUUAUGUUUAUUUCAAUUGUGGGCUUUGGAGAAGGAGAGGAUUGAUUUUCAGUUAUAUGGGUGUUAAGUCUAUGGUUUUUGUAAUUUUACUACUGAAAUCACUCAUUCAAAGUGUGAUUUCAGCUCCUCCUAGGUUAUCUUAUUUUUCAUAAAAUACAUCUGAUACUACUUGGGAAGUUUUACUAUGUCCAUUAAAAUGAUUAAAUGAGAAGGCCACAAGAUCCAUUUCGUAACUGAAAAGCAACUUUUUAAAGUAGAAUAGGGUGAAUUUCACAUGGAAUGAUGUGACCUUCUGGGGAACUUUUUAUAGAGGGCUUACAUACUGUAUUUGGGGAUUUUUUUUCUUCUACUUCCAUUCAAUAGUAGCAAACUGGUGGUUUUAUAAGAUUAAAAUUAUACUAUGUUAUAUAAAUACACAUUAUAUAAAUGACAUUAAAGUAUGUUAUGACUGUGAAAAAUUAAAGACCUGAAGUUAUCCACAAUCUUUAUGUGCAAUAAGGAAAACUGCAGUAGGCCCCCAAAGUGGUAUCUUUCCCUAGCAUUUUAAUGUUUGCCUUUGUGUAGAUGUGUAGAUUGCUGUUGUAAAGCUAGCCAUGUGUUUUCCUGCCCUUUACUGAUAUUUAACACAUUUUCUCAAAGCUUUUUUUUUUUUUUUUUACAAAACUCAAAAUAAAAAGAUUAACUGGCUGAAUUGUUCUUAUUUUGUACUUUUAAAGUGUCAUCCAUUAGUAAAAGGAUGCAGUAUGACCCAAUUCCUAGUCUGUUCCUUUCCCUCACAGAAAAGUUCUUUUCUGGGUGGAAGCUAUUCUUCUCCAAAGGAAUUCAUUUAGACUAGGGUUGGCAAACUAAACUCCACCCCUAAACUAAAUCCAGCCCACUACCUGUUUUUGUAAAUAAAGUUUUAUUGGCAUCCACUACACUCAUUCAUUUGUAUACCAUCUGUGGUGGCUUUCAUGCUGUUGUGGCAAAGCUGAGGAGUUGUGACAGAGAUUGUAUAGCCCAUAAUGCCUACACUAAUUACUAUCUGGCCCUUUCCCAGGAAAGUUCUUUCCCAACCCCCAAUUUAGAUGCUUGAAGAAAUUCAGUUUUAAAAUAGCGUAAAGGUCAUGGCAAUAGAUUUUUAAGAUUUUUUAAAUGUGCCUUAGAGUUAAAAGAAUUACUUCAAACUUGGCCUUUGUCUGUGACUUGUCUGCAAGAGGAGGGCCUGCCAAGAGUCUCACAGGCUUUGAGUGCAGAACCCUGAAGAAGGCAUAACCAGGUAUGGGCAACAUCAAGUUGUAAGACUGAAGGAAAUAAAGUUAACAUUGCAGCUCAAUGCUUAAGUUCUUAUUGAAUAAUUGCUCAAAUUCUUGAACCCAAUUUUGAUUUUUCCUUCAUAGUCUUCAUAUCCCUUUGCAUGUAGACUAGUUUUACUUGAAUCAUGUACUUUAUAUCCUAAAAUCCACUGUGUAGCAAAACAAAAUAAAUCUUGUCUUUAGCAUGA